AUGAUUUAUGUUUUUUUUUUUGCUUUUGAAUUUGUUCAGAAUGGAAAUCAAACUUCAGAAAAUUAUCAUAAUGAUGAUCGAUAUUAUAUUUAUUUCUUUGCUUUGGCUGGUCUUCAAGUUGUUUUUGUAUUAAUUUUUAUGGGAUGUAAUCAAAGAUUUAAAAUACUUAAAAUACCAAAUCAUCGUUUUAAUACACGUCAUUUUAUAUUGCCAAAUUCGGAUUCAUCAAAUGGUUAA